AUGGCGGAAAGACGCUUCUCUAGAUUGUCUACCAUUUUAGUCGUAUUUUUAUCUCUAUUUUUGCUCGUGGAGUCUUUUAAACCUUGUCGAAGGUUAGUUAAAGGUGCCUCCUGUCUAAUGUGUGCACUUAAACUGGAUAUCAAGCAGUUUCCAACAAGAAAUACGCCUGGUCUACCGAGACAUUCUCCUUCCACUACUAAAGCCAGCCUGCCACCAUCUUGUAAAUUGAAAGUUAGUCUACAUUUGCUGAAAUUAUCUAUGGUCGCUUCCUCGUUAGUUCUUUUAUCUGGCGAU